CUAUAUAAAAUCCACCCCUGCUUCCUCCCUUUCUCCUCAGACUGUUCUGUUCUAUUUCUCGUAUCAUAUUUCAUCUUAGCAGCCAUGUCUUUUCUCACGGAUCUCAUCAACCUCAACCUCUCCGAUAGCACGAAGAGUAUCAUCGCCGAGUACAUAUGGGUUGGAGGGUCUGGCAUUGACAUAAGGAGCAAGGCAAGAACACUUCCGGGCCCUGUGAGUGAUCCAAGCAAACUUCCAAAGUGGAACUAUGAUGGUUCAAGCACUGGCCAAGCCCCUGGUAAAGACAGUGAAGUGAUCCUACAUCCCCAAGCUAUUUUCAAGGAUCCUUUCAGGAGGGACAACCAUAUCCUUGUCAUGUGCGACUGCUAUACACCGGCAGGAGAGCCAAUCCCUACCAACAAAAGAUACAAUGCCGCGAAGAUAUUUAGCCACCCUGAUGUUGUUGCUGAAGAACCUUGGUAUGGUAUAGAGCAGGAGUACACUCUCCUUCAGAAGGAUGUCAAAUGGCCUCUUGGCUGGCCGGUCGGAGGCUUCCCGGGUCCUCAGGGUCCAUACUAUUGUUCAGCUGGUGCUGAUAAAGCUUUCGGGCGCGACAUCGUGGAUGCUCAUUACAAAGCCUGUCUUUACGCAGGGAUCAACAUAAGUGGCAUCAAUGGGGAGGUGAUGCCAGGCCAGUGGGAGUUCCAAGUAGGGCCUUCAGUUGGCAUUUCUGCUGCUGACCAAAUGUGGGUUGCUCGUUACAUUCUUGAGAGGAUCACUGAGGUUGCUGGAAUAGUGCUGUCUUUUGACCCAAAACCAAUUCAGGGCGAUUGGAAUGGUGCUGGUGCUCACACAAACUACAGCACCAAAUCCAUGAGAAAUGAUGGUGGAUAUGAAGUGAUCAAGAAGGCUAUAGAGAAGCUUGGAAAGAGGCACAAGGAGCACAUUGCAGCCUAUGGCGAAGGCAACGAACGCCGACUUACCGGUCGUCACGAGACUGCAGACAUGAACACCUUCAUCUGGGGAGUAGCAAACCGCGGAGCAUCUAUCCGUGUCGGUCGUGACACGGAAAGAGCUGGCAAAGGUUAUUUUGAAGACAGAAGGCCUGCUUCCAACAUGGAUCCAUAUGUUGUCACUUCCAUGAUUGCAGAGACUACCAUCCUGUUGGAAUAAUGCAGAGUUGCUUCUAAUGGUGGAAUGUUGGUCUUGCUCACUUUGUGUUUUUGCAUGUGAUGGUUGCUAAGUUACAGUUCUUGUCUUGAAUAAUAGAAAUAAAUGUACUUCCUGUGUGAGCUUAUCUCA